GUAUUUCACACAAAAUCGAAAAGUUUAUAUAGAAAAGCUUUGAACCGCUUUGCAAAGCUCACGUAGCAAACCAUUUAAAUGAGCGGGUACGCAAUUGAGUUUGAUAUAACCAGCUUUUACAGUAUUCCGACUAGACGUAUAUUCCGAGACCGCGAAAAAAUAGCAAAGAUGACAGAUAGCCCAGAUACGGAACAAUUCAAUGCCGACGAGUUGGAGGCUCCGACUUGGCUAAAUGCCCAGUUUAUUGGUGAGGUUUUGAGAGCCUAUGAAAAAUCUCCGGACCUGAAAGUAAACGAUCUGAAAAUUACACCCGCGAGUGCCCAGGGAGAUCACUAUGCCAGUGUUAUGUUCCGAGCCACUGCCGAGUACACCACCUCAAAGGGAACGUUCUCCAAACCGCUUAUCAUCAAGACGAUGCCGGAGCAGGAAGGUCACAAGAAGGACAUGCUGAGCGAAUCGCAUUUGUUUGCCACAGAGAUUGGAGCCUACACCAAAGCCCUUCCCGAAUUCGAAAGGAUUCUGCGGGAGGCAGGAGAUAAUACUAAGCUAUAUGUGCCUUGCAUUUAUCACAGUUUGGAACCGCGACAGGUGAUGAUAUUCGAAGAUCUGGUACCGCAGGGAUACACCGUCAUCCGCAAUCGACCGGUCAAAUUGGAAGAACUAAAAAAAGUGUUCUCCAAGCUGGCAAAAUGGCAUGCAGUCAGCAUGAAGGUGAUGAAUGAGCAACCCGAAUUUUUGAAAGAGUUCCAGUAUGGCUUGAUUGACAUGCCGGCCCUAAUGACCGAUCCCAUGGUUACAGGUGGAAUGGAUGAUUUUAUAACUCUGCUCAAAACGAUACCUGAACUCACAAAGUACAAGCCGUAUUUUGAGAAAAUAAAGGUGGAUUAUCUUCAGCGUAUGACCGACGUGCUGCAGGAGUACCGAAAGAACUAUCAAUCCGAUGGAUACUAUGUGAUGUGUCAUGGCGACUUUCAUCUCCGCAAUAUGAUGUUCAAGGGCGACGAGGAUGUCAUGUUCGUGGACUUCCAAAUCUGCAACCUGUGUCCCAUUACAAUCGAUCUGAUAUAUUCCAUCUAUAUGUUAAUGGAGCCGGAGCAGCGAUGGGAUCUCGGUAAAGAUCUAAUUAACUAUUAUUUCUCCGUGUUGGAGGACACUUUGAAGAAAGUGGGCUACAAGGGCGUGAUGCCCACGCAGAAUGGCCUGUGGAAGCAAAUUUUUCGACACAAGUACUUUGACUUCUUUCUUAUGAGCACUUUUUUCCCAAUGAUCCUGGCCGUUAAAGCGAAUGAGCUGAAAAUGAACGACAUAAUUCAGGACCCCGAAGCCAGAAAGAAAGCGUACUUUUUUGAUUUUAUCGUGAAAGAUAUUAAAAAGCUUCUUUCGAAAUUCGAAGAAACCGGAUAUUUUAAAGAUCUAUAAAUUUCC